AUGGAGCCAUCAGCUCUCAGAGAGGAAGACCGAUUUUUUGGACUUGAAAUUCGCCACGCGAUAUUAGUGGAUCAAGUUCUUCUCGCCGAAACAUUUAUUAUGACUCGAAGCGUGACUGCAGAACAAGAAAGCAAAAGAAUUACACAUGCAUGCUUCUCAUAA